AUGGCUCCCAGCUCCAACCUUCGUCCCCGUGGCCCCGCUGCCCACUCCACCAGCCGUGGCUCCCCUACAGCCACCUCAGCCGCCCAUCCUGCCGGUCGUCCCACCGGUGUUACCAAACAGCGCAAGUCUGCCCCCACUCGGUCGGAAGCCGAGACGAAAGAGGCGAAGUUCGUUGCGGACAUCGAGGCUCGAUACCGCCAUGUGAAGCAAUGCCUCAAGACGAUGAACCACGCGGGCAUUGACUUUGAUUGCCAACUUGACCUCAUGAUGGUCGCACACGCCACACACUACAGCAACCACCCGUUGAGCAGCUUCCUGUUCAAGGACAGCCGCGAGGUUCGUCACCGGGACGCGAUGGUGAGGCGCUCCGUCGUCAUGAAGACCUCCAGGGGCAAAUAUAGAAUCCUCCAGGAGGCCAGCAACCUCCCGCCCUUGGGAGAAGUCAUGCCUCCUCGCCGCGAUAUCCGCCCCUUGAGCUCGGGCGUCAAACGGUCCACCGUAAGACCCACCCCGGGGCAGGUCAGCAAGAAGGAUGCGCCCAAGCAGGUCGCUCCAGAGGAGAACGAGGCUGCUGAAGACACCGGAGCAGCACCUCGGCCGCAGACUGCUGGUGUACCGCAUGCUGCAAUCGACGAGGAGCUCAUGGAUUCGCUGAGGGCCAAGCCUCCCUCAUCAGGUAUCAUCCUGCGGCUCUACAGGCUCAAUUCGGACAGGCCCAGGAUCGAGGUACUCCACAAGAAGAGGAAGGCCUCUGAGGAGACUCUUGACGAUGACGCCCCCGUCGCCAAGCGGACACGUGCUGCUACCACAAGCAGGUCCGACAUCACGGCCGGCAGUCGGCCAGCCCAAAUUCGUCAGCACCAGAGCGACGAAACUACCACCAACCCCCAGAACAGCAGCAACAAGGCUGCUGGCGGUGAGGUCGCCACUAGCACUGGCACCGACGACAGCGCACCGGCAAAGAAGCGCAAGCGCUCAGCCAAGGACGAAGAGAACGUGGCUGGAUCGUUGCCGCUGGCCAAGCGCACCCGGGCUGCCACCAGUAAGCCUGCUGGUACGACCACCAGCACAAGGGCUCGCGGCAAGAAGGCCGCCACAUCCACGGAGGCAGAAUCGUCCACCACAGGCAGCGAAGAAGCUGCCAACUCAACUCCAACGAACAGCGCCACAGUCCAGUCGGCUGUCCCCUCAGCUGUGGCCAACACCACCGCUCCAUCCGCCCAGCCGGCCGCCGCGCUCCCGACCACAGCCAACGCCACCCUCACCACCGCCCAGUCGGCUGUCCCCACCGCCUCCACCUCCACCUCCACCGCCGCUGCCACCACCGCCGCCCCCCACCUCCGCACCCGCGCCGACGCCGUCACCGGCAAAAACGGCUUCCAACUAACUGGCCCGCAGCACCUCUUCGUCACCGGGCACGACCAGCGCGCCCACCUAACCCAGCACUACACCAUCCUCGACUCCCGGGGCGUCCGCGUCCACAAGACGCACACGUGGACGAGCAGCAAAGCCGGCGUGACGGCCGACACGCUCGACUGGCACGACGCGCGGACGAUGGGGCGGCUGAACGCGUGGCUGGACCAGUGGCUGCGGCGGAGCUGCGACGCGCCGCGCCUGCGGGGCGACAUGGCGGAUCGCCGGUGGACGGAGGAGGAGUUCGAGUGGUUGAGGGCGUAUGUAGCGGGGAGGCCGGAGGGGGUGGGGAGGAAGGUGUUGGUGGGGGAUUUCAAUGAUCACUGGAGGGGGAGGGUGCUGGAGCGGGUGACGCCGAGGGGGGAGAGGGUGAGGAUGCCGCCGAGGAGGGAUAGGGGGGUUGAGGCGAUUUAUACGGCGAUGGCGAGGCAGAGGAUUGGGUGGGCGAGGGAGGAGCGGCAGGAGGAGGGGGAGGAGGAGCAGGAGGAGCAGGAGGAGGAUGGGGAAGAGGACGAGGAGGAGUGA